AAACUUACCCCAAUGCAGUCACAAUUACCGUGCCUGACGCUCUUUCCGGACUACGUCAGUGUGUGCAUGUGUUUCGCCCACCAUUGGCGAAGAGGCACGAGACUCUAAGACGCUCGCGUGCCGAGCAACCGAAGCCGCCGUAGGGUCGUCUGCCACAGUUGCCUCUUUAACUCGACUGGAGGCACUCUUCCCAUCGUUAGAUUCAGUCCCUUGUAUUCCAUUCUUUGUGUGUUGGAUUUCUCGAUAUUCCCGUGCCAUCAUGACGCCGUGGAUGCCGACGCCGGCUAUCCCGACGGUUGCCGAAACGCUGAAGCAUCCGGCCUUCCCAACCGCCAUCUGGAACCUCGAGCCGGACCGCAAAGGCUUGGUUCCCGUAGCGGAGGGUCGCGGAGGGCCGUUCAACAUUUCGUGGGAGAUCCAUGGCGCCGGCCCCAUCAAACUGAUUUUCAUCAUGGGCCUCGGCGGGCUCAAGUCCGCCUGGCAGCGGCAGACGCUGCACUUCGGCCACGAGCGCCGCGAGCAGUACUCGGUGCUGCUGAUCGACAACCGCGGCAUGGGCGACAGCGACAAGCCGCUGAUGCGCUACAGCACCAGCGAGAUGGCGCGCGACAUCGUCGAGGUGCUGGCACACCAGACCGUCGGCUGGCUGCCGCGGUCCUUCCCACUACUGGACCCCACCACCACCAGCGCGCCGCGCCCGCGCAGCCUGCACGUAGUCGGCAUCUCGCUGGGCGGGAUGAUCGCGCAGGAGCUGGCGUGCCAGAUCCCGUGGGCGCUGUCGAGCCUGUCGCUGGUGUGCACGGCGGCGGCGGUGGAGAACACGACGUCGUUCGCCGAGCACAUGGCGCAGCGGGCGUCGCUGCUGAUGCCCAAGACGGUGGACCGGUCCGUGGCCGACUCGGCGCGCCAGAUCUUCGCGCACGCCUGGCUCGCCGCGCCCGACGACGUGCGCCUGCCCGAGCCCGGGCGCACGCCCCGCUGCGGACCCCCGCCGCCGCCUUCUUCGCCUUGGUUAUCUUUCUUAUCAAACAACAGGAAUUCUUUUGGAGUGUUUGGUAGUGGUGGUGGUGGUGAGGGCGACGGCCAAGCGCGCUACCUCCGGUUUGAGACCAACGCGCAGCGCUUCGUCGCGCAGGAGAUGCACAAGCGGCUGGACCCGGCGCGGUUCGGCCUGAAGGGGUUCCUGCUGCAGCUGAUCGCGGCCGGGUGGCACCAUAAGAGCGCGGCGCAGCUCAGGGAGAUGGCGGACCGGGUGGGGAGAGAGCGGAUUUUGGUCAUGCACGGGACAGAGGACGGCAUGAUCAGCCUGCCGCACGGGCAGAAGCUGAUAGAGUUCAUCCAGCCGGGCAAGGGCAUAAUUGUGGAGGGUAUGGGGCACGCACCGCUGGUGGAGAGGUGGGAGUGGUUUAAUCGGACGAUUGAGGAGCACUGUGCGCUCGGGGAGAGGUUGGAUGGGAGGGCGUGAUGUGAGCAGGUAGACGGUUAGAGAGGGGCCCGGGAGUUGGAGUUCGGAGAGGACUCAUUCUUCAUUCUAGAAGGCUGGGUGGAGGGGGUAUCAUUGGAAAAGGACAGAAACAUCCGCAC